AUGGCACCACUUCAACGAGAACUUGCAAAACUUUUCAUCAAAUAUCCAAUCGAUCUGUCUCGUCAAAUGCAUUUUGAAAAUGGGAUUGAACAAUUAUUCAAUAAAUCAUUUCUUCAACCUAUACCUUCUGUACUUGAAGAGCGUGCACUCUAUGAAAAACAACUCAUUCUAUCAAUUAGAUAUCAAUUAAAUAAAGAUCAAUUGAUUCUACGGCGAACCGCUGAUGAGAUGAAUACAUAUUAUCUUGGUCGAUUGAAUGAAUGUAAUCAAAAAUCGAAUGAAUAUAUUCAGAAUUCAACUUAUUACGAACUGAUUGAAACAAUUAAUGAAAUUAAUACAGAACAACAACAAUUAGAAGAAAUUAUUCAAUCUAUUGAUUUACAACUGGAAAUAUUAUAUCAAAGAA